UUCUAAAGGAAUAGCUUUCACUAGCGAUUGGUUUUACCUUCGCGAAGAGAACGGCAAUUACUGGCUUUAUAAAGGUGAAAACUAAAUGUAACCAUAUAGAACAGAGUCUAUCUGAUUUGCUUCAUUCUCUUUUAAAAAGUAGUACAGUAUAUUUAAUGGUUAUUCAAUCCCUCUUUCACUGAAGCUCAGAUUGCUCUGCUAGAGCAAUAUCGAUUAAUCCUAAUUCUUUGAAAAUUAACAAAAAUUUAGUAUUGAAAUAGUUAAAAGCUGUUGUUCAAUAUGAACCAAGUCACUCAGUUUAGUGGUGAUUCUGCAAAUCUUGUGCUUUAUUGGAUUUUGAGACAAUAUCAUGGGAAGUUUGAUAAAAUUAUCUGGAUAGAUACACUUGGAAUUUUUAAUCCGACAGCUUUACCGUUACCUUCGUUGGAAAAAACAGCUAUUAUUCGAGCCUUCGACGCUGAAGGUAUACAAGACGCCAUUCAUGAGUUAGAGAGUGAUCUUUGCCAGAAUGAGGAUGUAUCUUAUGCCUUAUUUAUUGACUCUUUUUCCAAUCCUCUUGGACUCCUCAUGGCAAAAGCUAAUAUCUCUUACGCCCAUGCAUCUAUGAUGUCUUUAGGGAGACAACUUCGCAUGCUAACUAGAAAAUUUAACAUUGCUGUUUAUCUAUCUACCUCUCUUGUUUAUGUCAAACAGCUUCGUAUUAACAAGCCUGCCCUGGGUAGCAGCUGGCCGUUCUGUCUGGAUCAUUCAUUCAUUUUACAGGAAGAUUUAAAGCAUAAUAAAUGCCAAUUAGUCUGUAACCAAAGCAGAACAAGUCUUUUGGGAACUACUCAACUACUUUUAUGGGUUAAAGGAUCUUUUGUCCAUGAGUCAUUGACAAUUGACUUAUACCGAUGCAAGCUUAACAUUCAGGUAUAGUUUACUGUCACCCAAGCAUAAUGCUUUCUUAUGCUUUUAUACAAAAAAAAAAAAAAAUAUAUAUAUAUUUAUCUAUCAGGUGAUCAUGGUACAUAAUUCCAGUUUAAUCUAUAAUCUAAUAAGAAUGAUAUCCUU